AUGGCUCAGGCUCGGGUCACUGAUUACUUUGCGCAAAGUAAGAAAGGUGGUAUUGACCGAGCGUUAAGAGCUAAGGGUUCAAAACACGGCGCAACUGUGGAUAUUGUGUCUGAGACCAGCGUAGUCAAAACGAGAAAACUGCGUACAAGUCGAUCUUCAAACAAGACACAAGGGCCGAAGAGUUCCAGCUCUACAAUAUCCACCACUUCAAUUCAUGAAGAAUUCCUUAGGGUAAUCAACGAGGCUGCAUCGGUCGAUAGUGUGGAGACAGACCUGCCGGACCCUGAUAAGCCUUCGGUGAUUGCGAGUCCUCGGACCCCAAAGAGGACCUCGACUGAAGCCGAAUUUGAUUUAGGUUCGGUGUUAUUUUCUUCCACCACUGAGCAACAUAGUACUGCCAAAAAACGUCUGCGGGUCGGACAGGCCCAAGAAGGUAAAACUGAGGUCAAGGUUAACCCUGAGGUUAAAACUCAGAAAAAAACGGCAAGAAAGAAGCUUGUCCUCUUCAGAGACGGGGAACACGAACAGGCAUCUGAACAUGUGCCUAAGGCUCCUCUGCAGUUACACAGCCCACCUCGGGUUGAUAACGAGUCAAAAAUCCACGUUAAUCACAAUGCAGACAGUUCACCCGUCAGUAAAGAGGGAAGCCACAGCAGUCCCAAACAAGCAACCAUGACUAAGAAAACCUUUUCUAGAGAUGAUGUGGCUGCACUGAAAUCUCGUCUCAAGAAACUCAAAGGACAGUCUGAACUUGUGACAUCUCCUACCCCUGUCCCUGACUCCACUCUCGCUGAGCUGAAAGCUAGACUUGACUGUGCUCGGGAACUCUCAGACAGAGCUCAGCAGAGGAAAAAAGAGGGGAAACUUGAAGAGAAGCCUAAAACCACAGAUGCACAGACACAACCAGAGACAGAGGAGGGAGAGAAACUCCCAGCCUACCAGCGUUACCAUAGUCUUGCUCAGGAUGUACCCCCUGGCCUCACUCUGCCCUACAAGUACAAGGUGCUGGCGGAGAUGUUUCGCAGUAUGGACACCAUUGUAGGCAUGCUCUUCAACCGAUCUGAGACUGUCACCUUCGCCAAAGUCAAGCAAGGGGUACAGGACAUGAUGCAUAAACGCUUUGAAGAAAAUCACAUUGGCCAAAUUAAGACGGUCUAUCCCAUGGCUUACGUGUUCAGGCAAGAAAAAAACAUCCCCACUUUCAAUGCCACAGUAAAGAAGUCCAGCUACCAGCUCACUGUGGAGCCAGUCAUUGAUGAAGAGAACAGUACCACUCGCCCAGUAUUGUCAGCCUCUCGAAUGUUGGAGAGAAGACGUGUAUUCCACCAAAACCUAGUUAGCGUAGUCAAGGAGCACCACAAGGUGUUUCUGGCUUCUCUGAGCCCUCCUGUUGUUGUGCCUGAAGACAAGCUUACUCGCUGGCAUCCUCGUUUCAAUGUGGAUGAAGUGCCCAGUAUUCAGCCCAGUGAGCUACCCCAGCCCCCACACACAGAGAAACUGAGCACCGCCCAGGAGGUGCUGGACAAAGCUCGUGCACUCAUGACUCCCAAGAUGGAGAAGGCUUUAGCCAAUAUGGCCCUUAAGACUGCAGAGGCUUCUUGUUCCAAAGAAGUAGAGACCCCCUCAAAACCUGUUACCUCUGCCCAAACACCAAGUGCCCUCAAAGGAGUGUCCCAGUCUCUGCUGGAGAGGAUCCGAGCCAAAGAGGCACAGAAACAUCAAGCUGUCAUGACACGUAACCCACAGCAGGAGGAGCGCCUGGCCAUGAUGUCACGCCUACCUGAGAUGGCAAGGAUCCUUCGCAAUGUUUUUGUUGCUGAGAAGAAACCAGCCUUAAUUAUGGAAGUGGUCUGCAACCGCAUGAUUGCCAGCUAUCGUUCCCCCCUCAGUACUGGAGAAAUGGAGAAACAUCUUCGUCUCCUGGCGGAAUUAACACCUGGGUGGUUGACUAUUCACCCAAUCAGGAAGGACCUUUAUCUCAAACUGAACAAGACAACUGAUUUGAACACAGUGCUGGAGAAGCUGGACCAAAAGGCUAAAGCAGAGGAGAAACUCUGA